GUGGAGCCAGCCUUCCUCAUUAGAAUAAGGUAAACAGAUUCAGCCCAGUUAUAAAUGGAAACAAAUAUGUGGCCUCGGUCACUGAGGGCUGUAGAGAGCGGUGCCUGGCUGGAGAACUCAGUGCAGCAGAGAGAAGGGGCCAGAACAUGAGUUCCAAGUCAAAAUUCGUAGGGAUCAUCGGAGCGCCUUUCUCAAAGGGCCAGCCACGAGGAGGGGUGGAAGAAGGCCCCGCAGCAUUGAGAAAGGCUGGCCUGCUGGAGAAACUGAAAGAACAAGAGUGUGAUGUGAAAGAUUAUGGGGACGUGCCCUUUGUUGAUGUCCCUAGUGAUCCUCCCUUUCAAAUUGUGAAGAAUCCGAGGUCUGUCGGGAGAGCCAAUGAGCAGCUGGCCGGCGUGGUGGCAGAAGUCAAGAGGCAGGGAAGGACCAGCCUGGUGCUGGGCGGAGACCACAGUAUGGCGGUUGGAAGCAUCUCCGGCCAUGCCAGGGUCCACCCAGAUCUCUGUGUCAUUUGGGUGGAUGCUCACACUGAUAUCAACACUCCAGUGACAACCACAAGUGGGAACUUGCAUGGACAACCUGUGUCUUUCCUUCUGAAGGAACUAAAAGGAAAGAUCCCCGAUUUACCAGGAUUCUCCUGGGUGACUCCCUGCAUAUCUGCAAAAGAUAUUGUGUAUAUUGGCCUGAGAGACGUGGACCCUGGGGAACACUACAUUUUGAAAACUCUGGGUAUUAAAUAUUUUUCAAUGACUGAAGUGGAUAAACUGGGAAUUGGCAAGGUGAUGGAAGAAGCACUCAGCUAUCUACUAGGAAGAAAAAAAAGGCCAAUUCAUCUGAGCUUUGAUGUUGAUGGAUUGGACCCAUCUUUCACACCAGCUACGGGCACACCAGUUGUGGGAGGUCUGUCUUACAGAGAAGGUCUCUACAUUACAGAAGAAAUUUACAAAACAGGGCUACUCUCAGGAUUAGAUAUAAUGGAAGUGAACCCCUCUUUGGGGAAGACACCAGAAGAAGUAACUCGAACAGUGAACACAGCAGUAGCAGUGACCUUGGCUUGCUUUGGAGUUGCGCGGGAGGGUAAUCAUAAGCCUAUCGACUACCUUAACCCACUUACAUAAAGGUGGAAACAUCAUGUAAAAAUCUCACAGCUAAUGUCGUAGUCAAUCUUAAUGAUUUACUUAAGCUUACAGUUAUCCUCCCAAAAAUCUGGUCUUUCUGAAAAAUGUUCUGCCUCGGUAAAUAUUGGUAUAAUUAACUAUCAAUUCCCUCUUGGUAUGAAAUUCAAGAUUUGGAAAUUCUAAGUUUUGUGUAAUUAAAAACACAUAGAGUGGGACUCCUGAUAUCAGAAGAUAAAGCUACCCCACCUGAAAAGGGACCGUAUUCCCAUGUUGUUCAAAGAUGUGAUUUUUUAUAAUAAACUCUUUAUAUUAAGGUU